AUGACUAACAAUGACAGUAAAAGCAUUAAAAAAAGUCAGUCAACUAUUUUGGGGACAAAACCGUCAUUUAUUAAUGCACAAUUAUUGAUUUCAACUGGAAUUCCAUCACUGGAUACUAUUAUUGGAGGCGGAUUACCCAUUGGAACAAUAUUACUACUAGAGGAAGACAAAUAUGGAAAUUACGCAAAAACAAUUUUAAAAUACUUUCUCGCCGAAGGAUGCGUGGCAAAGCAUAACCUAUUGAUAGCUUCCCAAGAUUUUCCUCCCGACAAAUUAAUCUUUGAAUUACCGGCAGUGAUAUCAUGCGAGGACAAGUCUACCAGCUGUUCUGCAGUAUCGGCAUCGCCUUUGUCAAUAAGAGAAGCCGAAAGAAUGAAGAUUGCCUGGAGGUACGAGAAUAUGAAAGCCAGCGACCCUUUGGCGACAAAAAGUAAAAAUUCAAAAUACAACAGCGACUUUGGUCACUUUUUUGAUCUAACCAAGAAAAUGGACCCGAGUCUUAUCGACCGGGACAGAAUUUUCUGCCUUGCUGACAGUGAUAUCACGACUCCAGUCGGUAAUGAUAAGCUUAAAUGUCAUCCAAUGGGAUUCAGGGACUGUCGGUACACAAAUCUGCUUAAAAAACUCCAGAGGGAGCUAAAGUCCGGAGGGUUCUACGUUACCGACAAACCUGAAAAAAGAAAUAUUAUGAGGAUCGUGAUCCACGGCCUGGGAUCUAGAUUGUGGAUCAGUGAUCAAGAUCCAGAAGACCAUGGAGAUCUGGUUAAAUUUUUUUAUUGCUUUAGAUCGUUGAUGAGAAAUUGCUACGCAGUUGCAGCGAUUUCUGUUUCUGAUAUUUUAACAGAGGACGACACUAUUAUGAUGAGGAUAGAAAAUUUGUCAGAUACAGCGAUAGCGAUGGAAUCUUUUGCUGGAUCUUCCAAAGAAACAAAUCCAAUUUUUAAAGACUACCAUGGUUUGCUUUAUGUUAAAAAAUUAUCAGCUAUUAACACUCUGGCGCCACAUUGUCCGGAAUCUUAUGACCUGGCUUUUAAAAUGAGAAGAAAAAAAUUUGUUAUUGAGAUACUUCACUUACCGCCAGACUUUGGUGAAGAAAAAGAAGAAAAAGUUGCUAAAUUUGGUUGUGGAUCAUCAAAAUUAUUAGAUUUUUAA